AUGACUCGUUAUAUAGAUUCAUCAGAACCAGUUCGUGGUCCAUCAACAGAUGAUUUCGAUCGUGAUAGAUUACGAACAUCAACAAAAUGGUCAUCAAAUAGAAACCAUAAUCACUUAAAUACAAAUAAUAGUAAUAAUAAUACAACAACAACACGUAUUGCAACAGUUAAAUCUGUUAGACGUGAAAAUGGAAUUAUACCAAAUAGUAUCCUUAAACCAUAUCCACAUACGCGUACAACGAUUGAAACUAAAAAAGAUUUUGAUAUUGAUACAAUUGAUAAAGAAAUAUUUAAACCAGAUAAAGUUGAUAUACCUGAUCGAUUAGUUGAUUUUGAUAACGAUGAUCAGAUGUUAACACCACAUGAACGUUUAGCAAAAAUGAAGAAAAAAGAAGAAGUACGAAAAAUGCUUUCAAAACAAAGUAUGCCAGAUAUGAAUGAACAUGAUUUUAAUGAUGGAGAUGUUCAUUCAUUCCAUAGUCAACGACGAAUAGAAAGAGAACGUGAAAAAGCUCUUAAUUUACAAUCAGCACUAGCUGAAGAAGCAAAAGAAAAAAGUCGUCAAGUUGCAGGUUAG